AGGAGCCGCUAAGAGCCGCCGCGGCCCCGCGCCCGCCGCAGUCUGCGGGGACGGGAGCGGCUCGGGAGGGACGCGGGUGGCCGGACGCGCACACACGAUGCUCGCCUGGUGGCUGCAGACCGGGCCCGAGAAGGCCGAGCUGCGGGAGCUCAAUGAGCGGCUGCACGACUACGUGUGCCGGGUGCGGGAGCUGGAGCGCGAGAACCGGCUCCUGGAGGACGAACUGCGCGACCAGCGCGGCCAGGAAGGCGCGUGGACGUCGGGCCAGCAGGCCCGCUUCGCGCAGGAGGCGCGCGGGCUGCGGCGGCAGCUGGACGAGCUGAGCUGGGCCACGGCGCAGGCCGAGAGCGAGCGCGACGCGCUGCGGCGGGAGCUGGCCGAGCUGCAGGGCCAGGGCCGGGAGGUGCGCGCGGCCCGCGGCCGCCUGGACGCCGAGCUGGGCGCGCAGCAGCGGGAGCUGCAGGAGGUGCUGACCGCGCGCGCCGACCUGGAGGCCCUGCUGGGCCGCCUGGAGGCCGAACGCCAGCACCUCGCCGCGGCCCACGAGCGCGACGUGCGGGAGCUCCGCGCGCGCCACGCGCACCUCCGGAGCUGCAGCGUCCGCGUCCGCACCGCCGCGCCGCCGCCCCUGCGGGAGGUGAAGGCCGGCUGCGAGCGGCUGGUGGCCGCGGCGUGGGGCGAGACGGUGCAGCUGUACGAGGAGCAGGUGCGCGAGCUGAGCGAAGUGCUGCUCCGCGACCAGGAGGACCGGCGCCGGGCGGAGGAGGAGGCGCGGCGGGGCGCGCAGGAGGCCGAGGCGCUGCGGCGCGAGGUGCUGGAGCUGGAGCAGCUGCGGGAGCGUCUGGAGGACGAGCUGCUGAGGAUGCACCAGGCCUACGAGCUGCAGGCCGAGGAGCGGCAGAGAACCAUCGACUGCCUGGAGGAGGAGAAGGCAGCCCUGACCUUGGCCAUGGCUGACCGGCUGCGAGACUGUCAGGAGCUGGUGCAGGUGAAGACCGGCCUCAGCCUGGAGGUGGCCACUUACCGAGCUUUGCUGGAAGGAGAGAGUAACCCCGACCUGCUCAUCCUCACGGAGCGCCUGGAACGUUUGCCACAAGAGUUCAGAAAAUCCAUCUACAAAUCCACCACCUCCCCGUGGCAGCGGGAGAACCACCGGAACCUCCUUUCCAGGCAGAAGGCAUCUUGGACGAGCUCGUACCGUCCCCGGCGGGCUGACCCCGCGUCCCGGGCGGGGCGGGGCAUCUCCGGCUCCUUCAGCACUACCGCAGACGCCUAUAGAAUAUUCAACGGGGAGACCAGCCUGCAGACCUUCCCUGCCAGCCGCGUACUUAUGAAGCCCCCCGCAGCUGCGCUGGAAACGUCCCCCAGGAGACCAGGAGCCCGAGGGGCAAAGGCUGGCCCCGUACAUGUGGCCAGGGAAGUGGCCUUGGUCCGCGAGCCGUCCCCGGCACGCCGGGCAGACGGGACGGCCAAGGAGAGGGUCAUCGUCGUGGAAAGGAAAGUGGAGAUGCAGGGGCCGGAGAGCAGGCGUGGGGAGAAGAUGUUUGAGUCCAAGGAGAGGGCGUCGGAGGCGCGGAACCUGCAGUGGGAGGGCCUGACCAGGCUGGACAAAGAGGCGCGCGAGAGGGCGUGCGGGCAGCUGCAGGAGAAGGCCCGAGAGAGGCCGCCCGAGCGGCCCAAGAGCGAGGCAGGAAGGGAGGUGCUGAUCCCCGUCCGGGCACCCGCAGGCCGAGACCGCAGCCCAGCGCGGGCCCCGGAAGCUUCCCCGGAGCCUCAGCGGAAGGCAGCUGCGGGUGGAGCCGGGGCCCGAGCGGGGGCCGGCCGGGAGCAGAGCAGGUCCCACCUGGGCUCCCCGACGGGGGGCGACCCCACCACGCAGGCGCUGGCGGAGCACAUCGUGUCGGGGAUCCUGCAGCAGCUAGCCGGCAGCCCCGAGCCCGGGUCGCCCACGCGCUCCGCCCCCGACACCAAAGUCACCUACGUGGGCCGGGAGGAGCGUCCAGGCGACGGGGCCACCCAGACUGAGAUCGUGGUGGAGUCCAAGCAGACGGAGGAGGUGGACGUGUCCGACAAGGCCGGGCUGGACGCGCUGCUGAGCGGGGACACGCUGGAGGCGGAGCUGAUGGGGGGCCAGGCCGAGCGACUCAUCGGGGACCUGGUGCAGCGUGGGCUGCAGGGCCGGGCCCGCGUGGUCAACGUGGAGAUCGUGGAGGAGUCCCGGAGCUACAGUGAGCCCGAGGAGGAGGAGACGGCGGCGGGCGCUGCCCCGUUCCGGGUGGAGGAGGUGGACUCCUCCCCGGGGUCCGGGGACGAAAUGAGCAGCGUGGCGUGGGGGGGUCCCCGAGGGGAGAGCGCGCGGCAGCGGCCGUCGGGGAAAGGGUCCCCAGCGGAAGGAGCGACGCAGGUCGGGGAGUGGGUGAGAGAGCUCAGCUACUUCGUGUCCACCCCGGAUGACCAGCCGGGGGAGCACGAGGAUGAGGAGGGCUCCGUGUACGGGCAAGUCCACGUGGAGGGCGAGGCCGCCGGCAGCUACUCCUGGCGGGACGAGCUGGUGCCCGGGGCCGGGCGGCGAGGGAAGAGGGACGAUGCGCGAGAGGAAGUGGGCGCGGGCCCCGCCCCCUGGAAGGAACGUGCUGGAAGCGGCCAGGUCCGCGCUACUGAAUCCACCGUGAUAGAGAAGGAAAUGAGGGUCCACACCUCCGCGGGGGGCACCUCUUGGGAGCCGGGGCCCCGGAUGAAGGAAGUGCUGGGGCAGCUAGAAGAGAAUCUUCCAGAACGCAUGAGGACGGAGCUAUCCACCAUCGCCCGCGAGGCCCACGGUGGGCCGGGGACCGUGUCCGUGGACGUGCAGAAGGUCCAGGCGGCCGGCGGCGGCGGCAGGGGCAUGACCUUUGUAGCCGAGGUCAACCUCUCGCGCACGCUGGACGCCCACCAGGUGGACCUGGAGGAGCUGGACCGGGCCGGGGCCGGGGAGGUGGAGCGGGCGGUGCAGGCCGUGGUCCGGGAGAGUUUGGCCAGGCGGCGUAGCCCCGAGCCGAGCAGCCCCCCGGACCACGAUGACGGGGAGAUCCCCGGGGCCGGGGCACUCUUCAAGCGCUGGGCCACGCAGGAGCUCUACAGCCCGUCCGCGGAGACGGGGCCCGGAGCGGCCACCGUGGAGGUCAGCAGCCGGAGGCGCUCCGCCCGGUCGCCUGUGCGGGAUGAUGAGGGCCCCACUGUGAGGCGCAUUGACAUCAGCCCCUCGGGCAUCUGGAGGACUGAGCCCGGCUCCCCCAAGGGCUCCGCCACGGAGGUGGUGCGGGUGGACGUGAGGAGCAAAGAGCCGGCUGGGGCCCGGAGCCCACAGACCAGAAUCUUCUUCCCCACAUCAGUGACAGUGGACGUGCCUGACCCCAGGACCUGGAGAGACACUGGUGGGGGGAAGGAGGGGGCAGCCGCUGCGGGGGGGGCCCUGUCCCCCAGGGAACCGGGCAAGGAGCUGGCGAAGUCGGUGCAGAGCCAGAGGACAGAGGACCAGGGGCCGGUGGUUUCGGGGGAAAAGAAAGUCGCCCUCUUGUAUCUGGAUGACCAGGAGGAGCAGGACGAGGGCCAUUGGUUCUAACGAAGAGCGGGGUUCUGCCUUCCGUGUGUCCGUCUGGGGACGCAUGCACUUCUACUUGUGUCGACUGUGGGGCCGCUGGGCAGAGGGCCCCACCUUUUUAACAAAAGGCUCUUCCAAAAGAGUUUUGCCCCGUUUGCUUUGCAGUCUGAAGGGUUCCAGCUCAUUCACGCCUUAAAACGAGAGGGUGGUGGGUUCUGAAAUUUAUCUUUGAGGGGGGCUUUGACAGAAAUAACUUUUCUUUCUGGAGACCUUCAAAGUCCCUCCUCCCCCACCCCCCCCCACACACACCACUAUUUUUAUUUUUUGCUGGACUUCAUUUCUAGGGCGACUUUUGUUUGCACCAGCUCACGGAAAAGCCUCGCAUGAAUGUGACACUUGUGGAUCUAUCGAUCAGCUGCCUUCUGGGGUAACAGGGGGAAAAGUGUCUCUGGAAGAGGAAGUUGUAUUUUGCAUGUACUUGUAGGAAAUAGUCACCGAAAAUUGUAAGGCAAAAACAUCCUUUCCCAACCUCCUUUUCUUUCCAAAGUCUUAGAGAGAAAAGAAACAGAAUACUUAGAUUUUUUUCUUAAAAAAAAAAAAAAGAAAAAUCUGAUGAUUUCGCUUUAAGAAAAAAAAUGUCUACAUGAGGAGUUGGGUUCAUUUUAAGACUGGAAUGAAUUGCUUUCUAUGUGCAGACUCAUGAACAAUAUUCUGUUUAUGAGGUGUGCAGGCUCCAUUUAUGCCAGAUUGCAAAAGGACAGGCCUAACAGGCUGACACAGGUUCUUGAACCCUCCGUGGGGCCCCGUGAGUGGAGCAGGAAUGAUUCCUAGCCGGACUGUAAUAGAAGGAGCAGUUUUUGCCUCCAUACAGUACAGGGUGAAGGCACUUGCAUGCGGCUGACCCAGGUCAGAUCCCUGAGCCCUGUCAGGAGUGACCCCUGGGCAAUGCUGGAGGUGGUCCCCAAACAAAAAUCACAAAACUUGCCAGUGGAUUGGCAAGUGCUGGCCCCAGGCUGGUCCUGGUUUCACAGAUCAAGACUCAGGCUGUCUGGUCAGCCAGGAAGAUGUUUACAGGAGGGAUUUUUCAGUGAGAAUCUGGUCUCGAGUUAGGGGAAGAGUUAGGCCCAGGAGUGGCCACUGGUUUUGAGGGUGAGAUGGUCAAAGAGUUUAUUAGAUGGGGUCAGGGAGACAGGACAGCGGGGAGGGCGCUUUGCCCUGCACACAGCUGACCUAGACUCGAUCCCCAGCAUCCCGUAUGGUUCCUCGGGUGAUCCCUGAGCACAGAGCCAGGAGAAUCCCUGGGUGUGGCCCAGAAACCAAGAGGGGAAGGGAAAAAGUGAUCAGGAGAUAAUGAGAUGAUGGUUUAGGUGGGAGCAAAGCAAGUUUGUUGAGAGAGAGAGUGUGCACUGGACAGCUGGCCAGAUGGAGGCCUCCAGAGAGAGAGAGAGAGAGAGUCCCAUGUGUCUGCAGGGACAGUCUCGCCCUGUCGAGUGUCUUGGGGGAAUCAAGCUGGGCACCUUUUGGGGGGCUUUAUGCUAGACUACGUCCUGCUCUAGGUGAUGGCCGGGACAGAACACGGGCACCUGGGUCUGGUGUCAACGUCUUUUUUUGCAGUCUUAUGCACAUGUGGCCAAAGUGCCCAACCCACUGGCCGCCCCAAGCCGACAGCUUCAUUUCUGUCUCCCCACCACCAGAGUGUGCCCUGGGGAGAGGUCUCUUGCUGAGACUCUUCAGGAAAUGUGGAGACCUGAGCUGACGGGGGCUGGGGGUGGUCUCGCCCGCCUGCACCCCUCAUUCUGCCUGUUCCCCUCCGCCCUCCAGCUUUAAAACUGGCCUCUCUGGAGACCACAAAAGAGAACUCAGCGGCUGCAGGGGGCCAGGGCACGACCAGUCUUUUCCCUCUUUCUCCUCGUUUAGACAGAACUGUGCUUCUGGAAUGUUCUCUCCCUGACCCGGGCUGCUCUGGUAGAGUGAGAUGCCCGCUUAGCAGGGGCGCCUCUGGACGGCUGAUCUUGCUUCUGUCCCCAUUGCUUACAAAAAGGAAUGCCACGAGAAUGUGUACCAAUAAACAAAUUAAGACAA